AAAGCAUCAUGGACCAACCCUACGGAGUAAACUGGUCUGAACAUCGAAUUGAAUUAAACCAGUACGCCUCAUCGCCUGCUUGAUUCCUAUUGCCAGCUCUCUGUUGAUCACAAUGUCUACGACCCUGUUGCGGCCAAAACGUAUCCGUCCGCCCUCGAACCACAUCUCGACUCUCUUUCUCCAAUUGCCUCCCCAUUACCGCGCCUUUCACGCCUCUCCUCGACCUCAAUUCCUCGAAGCUGGACUAACCACCUUCCAUACCCUCUUCGAGGGCCUACAUACCUAUUCCGGUCUACCAUGGGCUUAUACCCUCCCUCUCGCAGCCCUCGCAAUCCGAACUACCUUCGUCCUCCCCCUCAGCAUCUACGCCCGGCGCGCCAAUCAAAAGCAAGCGGCCCUCAUGCCGCUGGUACAAUCAUGGCAACAUGUACUGCGCAAGCAGACAAUGGCAGAAGUAGGGCAUUUGGGUCCCGUUGUUGCAGAAGAGAAAUUGCUCCGGAAGUUGCGGUCGAAGCGGAGUGAGAUCUAUAAACGAUGGGGCUGCCCGCUAUGGAAGACAAUGCUGCCGUUGGCACAAUUGCCUAUUUGGCUGACAGCUGUCGAGGCUAUAAGAGCAAUGUGUGGCACCAGAGUGGGCUUGUUGGGUAUGAUAAUGAGAACUGACAAUGACUCGGAUGUGCUUACGGCUGGGAUUGAAAAGGAGGCGUCCUUUGCUACUGAGGGCGCGCUGUGGUUUCCAGAUCUGCUGGUCCCGGAUCCGCAGUUGAUCCUCCCGUUCAUGCUUUCGGCAGCUAUUUUCCUCAAUCUGUCGAAUGCAAAAGCGCCACUGAAUCAAGCGCUUUGGCAGAAAAGGUUGCAGAAUUCUCUGAAGGUUGUUGCGUUGGCUAUAGGACCUCUGACGCUGCAGAUCCCGAGUGCCAUGUUGGUGUAUUGGAUAUCUUCGAGUUUACUGGCUUAUACUCAAGCUGUGGUCCUAGAUAGGCUGAUGCCAGUCAAGCCACCUGUUAUGCCUUCCAAGCCGAGGGAUCGUCUCGGGUCGUCAGGACCGACAUCGAGAAGUAUGAACCUAUGAAUGUGUAAGAUCACUUUAGAUGUAACAAUAUAUCUCGCCCUAUUUCAGCGCGCCCCUACAAGGACCUUCCGGAACG